GUUACAUUAGUUUAGUCCAAAGCAUGUUAUUUAAAACAGUUUAGAGAUCUGCUUAGAUUAAAAUGAUUCACACAGGACUUUUAAUUUGUAUGUUCUUAUGGCAUCUGAUCGGUGUAGUUGGUGUUGAUGAAGUAAAUUCAGUGUCAGUAAUGGAGGGAGAUUCUGUCACUCUACACACUCAUCUUCAAAUACUGAAAGAUGAAGUGACCGAGUGGACCUUCAACAACACUCUGAUUGCUAAAGUGACUGAAGACAAUCCUACAUACAAUAAAGAUGAACGAUUCACAAACAGACUGAAGCUGGAUCAUCAGACUGGAUCUCUGACCAUCACUAACAUCAAAACCACAGACUCUGGAAUAUAUACAUUUACAACCAUUAUUGACAAAAAGCAGCCAACAAAGAGGUUCAGUGUUACUGUUUACGCUUCCUUGUCAACCAAUACCAUCACUAGUCAAAAUUCUUCAUCAACCGCAAAUGGCAGAGACUCUCUGAUCUCUGCUGGUGCGGGUGCUGCUGCUGGAUCUCUGUUGAUUGUAGCUGCAGUUGGGAUGAUUUGGUUCUACAGGAAAAACAAAAGAACCAACCAAUCAGUCCAGACCCAUAAUGAGGAGGUAACUUAUGCUGAUCCAACGUUCUACAAGCGAAGUAAAUCAAAAGGGAGUGUAAAACAGGAGGACGAGGUGGUGUAUGCAGGAGUCGUCACAAGACGUUAAUCAUAUUCUCCAGGAUGAGUUUCCUCAUCAUGGCACAUGCCCUCUCCGCUUUUACUUUAUUUUAGUUUUAGUCAGUGUCUUUCACAGCUGAAGCCUGUUAAAUGUUGAGUUUAACAAUUUUUCAAUCCAUUUUUCCACUUUUUUCUUAGCUAAGCAUAAGUCACUAAAUUGGAUUAGACGACUAAAAAUGUCUGUGUAUUCUUGUGCAAGUAGAAACAGUUAAGGAUCUGCAACAAAGUAAUUAUGAUCUGAAUCAUCUUUCACAAAUGUCUCAAUGUUUGCAAGGCAGGUUCUCUGUGCAAGCAGUUGGUCACGCUGAGCAUAUUGAUGGGAAUUAGCUAGUAAUUUACAAUAUCAGUGCAGCUGCUGCAGUUAUAUAUGUCAGCAAAGUUCCUUGAGCAUUUUGUAGAUGCUUUAUUUUAA